GACACCUACACAAAAUCGAGGCGGGCAUCAGAAGUUCCAGAGUAGCAUUUUCCCUGGCCCUGUAUGAUGAUUUGUUCUUCUCAUUCCUGUGAUCCAACGAGGCCAGCAAAAAGGAUGCUGGGUGAUCGUCAGGACGUUAGCCGGAGAAAGCUGGUGCCUGUGACUCAGGGACCAACUGUUGGUCGGUUAACGGUUGCAAUUUGGACCGCAUUGCUUCAGCUCGUUGUCGUCUGUUGUCAACUAAGCGACAGGCCGAGCGUGGAUGAUUUGAUUGUGGCUUUUUGUUUUUACGGUGCUUGCUCCACACUCUUUGAACAGCUCAAAUCCCAAGGAACUUCUUGUGGGCAUUCGCCCGCAUCUGUCGCAUCAAGGUCUACAUCGAGUAGUUCCUGACGCCUGGCUUGUCCAUAAACAGCUAUUAUCUGGGUGGAAUGGUAAGUCCCUGGGAGCUUCAGCUGUAGUGACACCGUCCAUGUAAAAACAACCACAGGUAGUGCCUCUUCUGGCUUUUCCAGAAGCAUGUCGCCAAGUGCCAGCGGUCAAUCC